CUUUUAAACUGAAAACCUCUUUUUUUUUGCAUGCAUUAGCCUCGACCUCGGGGUUAAUGCAUUGAUAUGUCUAAAUGCAGCUGAUUUCAAUGUAUUUUUUCAAUCAUUACGCAGUGAUUUCCUGUUUCUUGUUGUUGUGGAAUGCAUUCCCAGCCGUUUAAGUGAUAGAAAAAAAGCUUUACUGGUGAGGAUCUAAUUUGUAGGCUAUAAAAAGGAGAGAUUUUCAAUCAGUUUCCAAUCUUGCGUGGUAGGAGGGAACAUUUGUGCAGGGAAACAGAAGAAGCAGUAGAGGAAGAACAAUAAGAAGAAGAAGAAAAAAAGAGGAGGGAAAAGUAUCGGAAAUCUCUGCAACCCCUGGAGUCUCGUUCAGCACCACUCGCUGCUGGACAGCGCCUGAGCAGCAGGGCAUUUGUUCAGAGCUCGAGCCUAGGAGUAACACCGCAUCUGCACAGGGCGCCUUAUUACCACCACAACUAACACUUCUAAUUCAAACCGGCGUUUUCACUCCCCACACCUGUCUUGUUUUUUUUGUUGUUAAUCUGUGCGGCGGGUUUGGCGAGCAGCGUUCAAACAGGAGGAGACUGCUGACUUGAGCGGUCGCUGCCAAACAAAGACGCAGGAAGAAAAAGAAAGAAAGAAAGAAAGAAAAAAAAAACUGGACGGCAUCAGAGAUCGCAAGAAGUUCAUUUUCUCCACUUUUAGGCUCACUUGUACCAUGAGGAUUGAAAGGAGCCUGCUGUAGAACCCACUGGGUCGUCUCAUGACGUUCUGCCUGCUUGAAGAGGAGUGCUAAAUGCACCCGAGUGACCCGGGAGAAGCAGAGAAAAGAGGCUCACUUCCCACCUUUGUUCUUGCCUUAUGAGAACGAUCUCUGUGGACCUUGUCUCAGCUCACCCCUGUGCUGUUUAGUAACUGCAUGUAGCCACCACUUCCAGUUACAGCAAAAGAGCGAAACACAAAGAGGAAAGAAGAAAGAGAUAAAGAGAGAGAGGCUGCAUAAUUAGUAUAACUGAGUUUGUGUCAGAGCUAGAGACCAUGAGAAGAGACUUCUGAAAACAACUGUGCUCUGAAAAACAUUGCGGCUAACCUUCAGGACAUUUGUAUGUGUGUGUGUGGGUAUAUGUGUGCACAUCUCUUUCAUUUUCAAAGGACUUGACUCUGUAUUUAGAUGCGGAUUUAGCCUUUCAUUAUGACUCUGCAAGGAGGCUUUGAGAGAGUGUGGAUUGGCUGCAACAGAGGUGUCUGCUGCUGGGUGUUGCUGCUGCCUUGUUAUUUCGCAAUCGCCUUGGCAGCCAAACCCAAAAUGCCAGGCCACACACACCUCAAUUCAAUACGCAUUGAUGGGGACAUUUCUCUGGGUGGGCUGUUCCCAGUGCAUGCAAGGGGAAACGAUGGCAAAGCCUGUGGGGAGCUGAAGAAGGAGAAAGGGAUCCAUAGGCUGGAGGCCAUGUUAUUUGCCCUGGAUCGUAUCAAUAAUGACAAUGAGCUGCUGCCUAAUAUCACGCUGGGGGCACGCAUUCUGGAUACCUGCUCCCGGGACACCCAUGCCCUGGAGCAGUCGCUGACAUUUGUUCAGGCGCUGAUUGAGAAAGACUCAACUGAUGUCAAGUGUCUCAGCGGAGGGCCGCCCAUCAUCACUAAGCCUGAGAGAGUGGUGGGAGUGAUUGGCGCGUCGGCCAGCUCCGUGUCAAUCAUGGUAGCCAACAUUUUGCGCCUCUUCAAGAUCCCUCAGGUGAGCUAUGCCUCCACGGCUCCGGAGCUGAGUGAUAACACCCGCUACGACUUCUUCUCACGGGUGGUGCCCCCAGACACCUACCAGGCCCAGGCCAUGGUGGACAUUGUUAAAGCCAUGCGCUGGAACUAUGUUUCCACUGUAGCCUCUGAGGGAAACUACGGAGAAAGUGGCGUUGAUGCGUUUAUUCAGAAGUCCAGAGAGGACGGUGGUCUGUGCAUUUCCCAGUCUGUGAAAAUACCGCGUGAGCCAAGGACUGGAGAGUUUGACAAGAUUAUUCGCAGGCUGAGUGAGAACCCCAACGCCCGAGUAGUCAUCAUCUUUGCCAAUGAGGAUGACAUCAGGCGCCUCCUUCAGGCAGCUAAGAAGGCCAAUCAAACCGGCCAUUUCAUUUGGGUAGGUUCAGACAGCUGGGGCUCCAAAAUCUCCCCAAUACUGAACCAGGAAGAAAUGGCAGAAGGUGCUGUCACCAUCCUACCCAAACGACAGUCCAUCAAAGGUUUUGAUCGCUACUUCAUCAGCCGAACACUAGAGAACAACAGGAGGAAUAUCUGGUUUGCGGAGUUCUGGGAGAAUAACUUCCAAUGCAAGCUUAGUCGGCACGCUGUGAAGAAAGGAUCUGGCAUCAAAAAAUGCACAAAUCAUGAGCGGAUCGGGAAAGACUCAUCCUACGAACAAGAAGGGAAGGUUCAGUUUGUGAUAGACGCAGUUUAUUCCAUGGCUCAUGCUCUACAUAACAUGCACAAGGAUCUCUGCCCUGGAAAAGUUGGCCUCUGCUCCAAGAUGGAUACCAUCAAUGGCACACUGCUGCUCAAGUACAUUCACAAUGUCAACUUCACAGGUGUGUAUUCAACCAAGAACGGGACCCUGGUCAGUCAGAGCGACAGUCAGACAAAAUCUCACAGGGAGGAGGAUGGAUACGCCAACAAAGUUCCUGACAUUGACAGGGGACUCCCCCGGGCAGUCAUCCCUGUCCUUAUUGCUGUACUGGGCAUCAUGGCUACAGUGUUUGUGGUCGCCACGUUUAUACGCUACAAUGACACACCCAUUGUUAAGGCAUCAGGCCGAGAACUGAGCUAUGUGCUGCUGACAGGAAUCUUUCUCUGCUAUGCUACAACAUUCCUUAUGAUCUCCACUCCUGAUGUGGUUAUAUGCUCCCUGCGAAGGAUUUUCCUGGGCCUGGGAAUGAGUAUAAGCUAUGCAGCACUGCUGACCAAGACCAAUCGGAUCUACAGGAUUUUUGAGCAGGGCAAGAUGUCGGUCAGUGCCCCUCGAUUCAUCUCCCCAGCCUCCCAGUUGGUCAUCACAUUCAGCCUGAUAUCCGUGCAGCUGCUGGGAGUGUGCAUCUGGUUUGGUGUUGACCCAUCACAAGCCAUCAUCGACUAUGAGGAUCAGCGCACAGCUAAUCCUAAAAUGGCCCGUGGUGUUCUGAAAUGUGAUAUAUCAGACCUCUCUCUCAUCUGUCUGCUGGGUUACAGCAUGCUCUUGAUGGUCACGUGCACAGUUUACGCAAUCAAGACCAGAGGGGUUCCGGAGACAUUCAACGAGGCCAAGCCCAUCGGCUUCACCAUGUACACCACCUGCAUCGUAUGGCUUGCCUUCAUCCCCAUCUUCUUUGGGACCUCACAAUCAGCAGAAAAGAUGUAUAUCCAGACCACAACCCUGACCAUCUCCGUAAGCCUCAGUGCAUCGGUCUCUCUGGGAAUGCUCUACAUGCCUAAGGUCUACGUGGUGCUCUUCCAUCCAGAGCAGAAUGUACCCAAGCGCAAGCGCAGCCUGAAGGCUGUGGUCACUGCAGCCACCAUGUCCAACAAGUUCAACCCCAAAGGUGGCUUGAGGCCCAAUGGAGAGGCCAAGUCUGAACUCUGUGAAAGUCUUGAAACACAAGCUUUGGCUUCCAAACAGACAUACAUAAGCUACAGUAACCACGCCAUCUGAGCCAGAGACGAACAGUGGAAGCUGAACCGGGGCCUGUCUGAGGAGAAAUCACCUGAUUCUGGGGAAUACUGGGGAAAUACUGAAGGACUUCUACGCUGCUACAGCACAGAGGACUGGGGUGGAAAGAUGGGAAUUGUCACUCCAUAAAGUGAAAGGAUGUCAUAUUUUUCUAGAGAAUCAGGUAAAGGCUUGAAUGCCAAAAUUAUGAGAAAUUAGUAGAUUUGCAGGAGGGAGAUGUUAGGGGGAUUGGACAGUUAAUUUUCCUCUUCCCACCCUUUCUGAGACGUAAGUGAGCAUUGAGCAGUGACGUUUCCAGAUGCAGGCUAAGUGAACCACCUGUAGUCUACAGUAUUUUAUUUUUCUUCUGAAGUGUAAAGCACACAAUUUCAGCUCUCCGAGGAUGAAUCGUUUGUCUGAAUUCAACAAAAACGGGGGGGGAAAGUGUUCCGUUUAUGUUCAAGUCAAAUGCAGUCGACAAGAUGGAAGCGUAUAACAAUGUGGUCAUUAUUUUUGGUUCCUGGUAUUAUUGGGGUUGAAAGCUGCAGUACUCUUCAAACUGUACAUGCCUUACUACAGCACAUUCAGUAUUCCUACAUGAAAUAACCAUGUCUGAUACACCUGAAAAUAAAGCAGUGGCUCAUCCCAGUUUUUUUUAUUUUUAUAAUUGUUUCAUAAUAAUGAAAAUGAUGCCAUCAUCGUGGCAAACCUAGUGUACAGCCCUAGAGCAUGUUUGUGCGAGCAUCACGUGUACUGUGCUGUGUUGUCAAUGUCUUUGGAAUGCAACAAUUGUCAUUCACAGUGGAGCUGUCAUUUUGGACCAUUACCCACUGGGUUCCCCUCUGCUAACGAAGAGUCAUUUCAAACACAAAAGGAGCUCAUUUAAAAGCAUAUUGUCAUGGCAUACCUUCAUAGUUUACACUACACUCCAUAAAUGUCAGCAGGACUUAAAGAUUUGUCGAAGCAUACCUUAAACAUCCCAGACUUAUUGGCCUUUAUUUAUCAUGCGCUAAUGAAGCAUUUGCAAAUUCAAGCAGCUGAAUGAUUGCAGUGGGAUGAUUGUGAGAACUCAUGUUUCCUUAUUUGUUAAACUACCAUCACAGCUAACAUUAAAAAAGGCACAAUUCUUGACACAAUAAUGACACACUUGCAGUUGGAAUUCCCUCCAAUAAAUUAUACUAUAUUUGUGUAUUUCUGUGUGUAAAAACAUCUUAAUCUUAAAUUGUCUGGGAGUAAAACGAGAAUAAAAACACAUUUUGUCCCUAAACACUUUAUUUGUGAAGAAUUAAAAAGUAAUACAUGGCAACGUCUUUGGAUUUGUGAUCGAUGCAUAUGUAAUUUGUGUUCCUUGCAAGGAUUUCCUUUUCUGGGUCAGGAAUUUUGAGGCUAUAGUGGCAAUGUUUGGUGACACAAUUAAUAGUAUUUUGGGGACAAAGACACCAAUUGCAUAAAUGUUAGUAAUGGUAAUUAGGUGGAUGGCAUAACUAUAUGAUUUCCUAAGAAGUAUUAUACCAUACAACCUUGAAAGGACUAAUACUAUAGCCCUGUUUAAUCCUAGAGAAUAGUAUUUUGGGGAUUGUCAGAUUUUUACAUAUAAAUAAAUUAAAUAGUCACUUAAUUUAGCCAAAGCGGACCUUGUUACUGUAACCCUGCAUGUGACAAGGUCGCUCUUGGUGCGGAUCCCACUGAGAAUUAGUACUAAAGUCUGCAGCUCUAUAUACAUUCAUUGAGUAUCACCAUAAUAUUGACAACCUCUCAUUUUUCGAU